CUACCACACCUACCACACUUACAAUUUAAAUUUUAACCCCUCUUUUAUGCUCUUCCUCUGCUAUUUAUAACAACUAGUCUGAAUCUCUUCGUGAACAAAGUGUUUCUGAAUUUGGGUCCGUUUUGAUAGUUAACAUAUGUUCGUAUUCGGGAAAAAAAUGGUAGAAGAGGGAGUUAGGGUGGUGUUGGUGGUGAGAGAGUUUGACGCAGAAAAAGAUUGCAGAGGAGUGGAGGAGGUAGAGACGAGGUGUGAGGUUGGACCGAGCGGGAAGCUCUCUCUCUUCACCGACAUCUUGGGUGAUCCAACUUGCAGGGUUCGCAAUUUCCCUGCCUAUCUCAUGCUGGUAGCUGAGACGGUGAUGGUGGGUAAUGAAGAUAAAGAGGAGAGAGAAAUAGUAGGCAUGAUAAGGGGCUGCAUAAAAACCGUUACGUGUGGAAAAAAGCUCUCCAGAAGUGGAAAAAACGGCAACGGUCCCAGGAAACAUCUUCCUGUUUACACCAAACUCGCUUACAUUUUAGGCCUCCGCGUCUCUCCUUCUCACAGGCGAAUGGGAAUAGGGUUGAAGAUGGUGAGAAGAAUGGAGGAGUGGUUCAGAGAAAGUGGUGCCGAGUAUUCGUACAUCGCUACUGAAAACGACAACCAACCUUCCGUCAAGCUCUUCACCGAUAAAUGCGGCUACUCUAAGUUCCGUACUCCAUCAAUCCUGGUCCACCCCGUAUUCGCCCACCGUGUCCGGCUCAGUAACCGAGUCACCAUCCUCAAACUCGCUCCCUCCGACGCUGAGUCCCUCUAUCGCCGCCGAUUCUCCACCACCGAGUUCUUCCCAAGGGACAUUGACUCAGUCCUCAACAACAAGCUCAAUCUCGGCACCUUCAUCGCUGUUCCACACGGGUCCUACUCCUGGCCUGGUUCGGACCGCUUCCUGGGUAACCCGCCCGAGUCGUGGGCCGUACUCAGUGUGUGGAACUGCAAGGACGUGUUCAGACUGGAGGUCCGUGGCGCGUCGCGCGUCAGGAAAGGCUUGGCGAAGACGACGCGCUUGGUGGAUCGGGCCUUGCCCUGGCUACAAUUGCCAUCGGUCCCAGAAGUCUUUCGGCCCUUUGGGCUUCACUUCUUGUACGGGCUGGGUGGGUCAGGCCCAUUAGCGGUCAAGUACCUUAAGGCCCUGUGUGGGUUCGCACAUAAUUUGGCUAAAGAGUGUGGGUGUGGAGUGGUGGCAACGGAGGUGUCGAGUCACGAGCCGCUCAGGUUAGGGAUUCCGCACUGGAAGGCGCUAUCAUGCGCCGAGGAUCUAUGGUGCAUCAAGAGGCUUCGGGAAGACUACACUGACGCGUCUGUUGGUGACUGGACCAAGUCACCACCUGACGUGUCCAUUUUUACUGAUCCUAGAGAGUUCUAACGAUAACUCAAACUAAUUUAGAAGCUAAAUUAUAUAUUAUUACUAUUAUUUUUUAUUUUUUUUUGGGGAGGGGGGGGGGUGUGGUUUAACAUUAGUAGGUUUGGUUUGUAACAAUUUUGAAGGUGGGUGGGGCAAAAGAAGAGGAAAAUGAUAAGAUAUGGGUAUUUUUUUCCCCUUCUUUUGGGGGGGAUGGUGGUGUAAAGGGAAUAUGCCCACUUACCAUUUUUCGUAAAUGGAAGUGACUUUUUAGAUCCUCUUUCAGCCAAACAAAGCCUUAAGUAAGUUUUUAUUCCAUGUAGGGUUGGUUGCAUUUUGGCCUUUCUACACAUUCCACAUUCUAAAACGGUUGUGAUGGGGAUUGUAACUCAUGUGUAUCCGAAUAUCCUUUUAAAAGAUGGACGUGUAUGCAAUGCUUGUUAUCAACUAAUUUGUCUCUCUUUUUUCUUCUUCA